AUGGCGUGUACCCAACUCACCCCCUUCAUCCUUUCCCCUCUACAUCUGCGGUAUCUCUCAUUCUUCGCAACAUACGCUUCAUUUGACGCCGUCGACCAUGGCACAUGGCUACCCAAGGAAGAAGAAUGGCUUGAAAAUCGUAUCAUCGCUGACAAAGGACAGUCUCGUACCACCGACAGACUAUGGCUCCUGACUAUCGUCGAAGACUUCAAACGUUCCUUCCCUUGCGUCCCUCGAGCGAAACCUGAUGGUGCCGUCGAGACGGAUGUCGAAGUGAAGGUCAGAGAGGAGAACACUCACAGGAGGGUGAAGAAAUGGAUUCAAAACCAUCAGCAGAGCAUUCUGAAGAAGCACAAGCGCAAUGAGCCUCAGAGCUCCUUCAAACGCUUGGUCGCGGAGAAGAAGAAGCCCUCCUUACGCUCGAAGUGCAAUAGAGAUAUAGCUUCGAGCCUUGAUCCAGUUGUUGAGGCAAAGCGGGCAGAGCUGAAGGCGCAGUUGAAGGCGAAGACCAUAUCGCAGUCAGAGAUGAUGUCCGCAAUCAACAGCACCGUGACUGAUCGUCUUCAGGACGAGCAGUUGCGCGCGCAUUACACCGAGAUGGCCCGUGGUUCCAAUUCUAGCGGCACUCAGUCGACCCAGGAAAACGAAUUCGGAGCCAACUCGGUCUCGAGAAGCUUCCAAUUCAUCCAAUGCUAUCCUUCACCUGCUGCGGUCGAGCAAGAAGACGAACUUGAAACCAUGGUCGUCGAUCCUCCAUUACCACACCCAACUUCCUCCGCUGACGCGUCAAAUCAUGGGGAAGCUCUUGCUCUCGUUCCAUCUCCAGCAAUCCAGGGUGUAACCGGCGGCCACACAGCUUCGACUAUACCAUCCUCUCCGGCCAUAAACCCGGUGUUGCAAGACCAGGAGCCGGUCGCGCCCAUGUAUUUCGAAGGUGGCCACUACUCACUCCCCAACGACGACAGUCAUACGCGAUAUCGUGCCAUCCUUGAUGCAGACACUGGGGGUCAGCCGAGUGGUCCUCACGAUCAAGUACCUACCUUUGCGGACUCUUCUGCACCCUUACAAGGUUCACUUGAUGCACCUCAAUACGACGAGUACUCGCUACACAGUGAAGCCGCAAUAGCCCAUUCCGGUCGCCAUCCUGCCCCUUCAACGUCUACCGAUCGGGGUCUCAUUCAAGCUCGCUCUACACCGCCCAUCACUACCCCAUCGUCGAUACAUCAACUCGGCGAAUACUUCCCGGCUCAUCUGGCGUAG